AUGCUACAGAGGAGAACGUUUCCUAUACGACUCCUCCCGUGGACGCACAAGGAUUCCGCCGUUUAUGCGCUUCACACUGCGUGCUUCACACUGCGCUUUCUAUCCAGAAAAUCCAAGAAAGACAAAAAGUCUAAACCAAAGAAUGAUGUGCACAACCAGGUGACCCCUCUUCCUGAGCUAAUUGCCGAGCCAACAAAUGCAAGAUCAAUGUCCUUUGUUGGAACACACGAGUACUUGGCCCCAAAGAUCAUCAAGGGUGAAGGGCAUGGAAGUGUUGUGGACUGGUGGACAUUUGGGAUAUUCCUGUAUGAGCUUCUGUUUGGUAGAACACCAUUCAAAGGUCCUGCAAACCGUGCAACUCUGUUCAAUGUAAUUGGUGAGCCUUUAAGAUUUCCAGAAUCUCCAACUGUUAGCUUUGCUGCCAGAGAUUUGAUCAGAGGGUUGCUUGUGAAGGAGCCCUAG